AAAAUCAAUGACAAUAUAUAUUUUUGAGUGGGAAAGCCUUUUGCAUGUGGCUUAUAAAGAAAGUUGUCUCCUCCAUCCUUCUCUAAUUUUUUUCCUCAAAAGCCAUGCUUCAUUUUAUCAAAGUUAGAGCAAUUAUUCAUUUUUAUUGCCGUCCUAUUCCUCCUGUCUCUUUUUCUGUUAAGUAUUACCAAUUCUUUUUUAAAGAUUAAAAGAUACUCUACCCCAAGCCGAUUAGACCAAGAUUAACGUCGUAAACCCAUAUUAAGAAACUCUUCCCGAUAAAUGUUGUUGCAUUUAAAGAGCCGUAGCUCCAAUUUGAAACAUCUGAUUAAGUUAGAACUAACUCGUUCAUUAACUAUUGAUAAUCACUUGUUGGUGUUAGAUGACCAAAUCAAGUCACAUUAAUUUAUUAGAUUUCCAUUCUAUUCUCCUCAUGCCAAACUUAUAUUUUAUGGUGGUAGUUAUAUAAACUCUUUCAAUAACAUUCCAAGAGUCAUCCCAAAUUCCCAAUUCCAUUGCUUGUUUCUCGCUUUAUCUAAGCACCCUUUUGUUAACAUCACCUUUUUCUUCCUUUUUCUCUCUCUAAAUUCCUUUAAUUUGGUACAAUUUUAUUUUAUUUUAUCAAAAACCCAACAGCAAUAGAUUCCAUUUCUGUCUGUCAAAAGAGAAAAAACCCAAAAAACCCCACUAAUUCCCUUUGAAGUUUUUAGCUAAAUUUCAUCUUUCUUGUAAAAAAGUUGAAUCUUUCUGUAAUGUAUCUGUAAUCUAUCAUCUGGGUAUUUGAUUCCUUCAUCCAAAACUUUCUGGGUAAUCCUCAAAAUCUUUCCUUUUUAAGCAAAAGAUGCCUCCUUCAAAUUUUCCUCUAAGAUGGGAAAGUACAGGGGAUAAAUGGUGGUAUGCAUCUCCUAUUGAUUGGGCUGCUGCAAAUGGUCAUUACGACUUAGUCAGGGAACUCCUCCGCCUUGACGGCAACCAUCUCAUCAACCUGACCUCCCUCCGCCGCAUCCGCCGCCUUGAAGCGGUGUGGGAUGAUGAAGAAUUGUUCGAUGAUGUUGCAAAGUGCAGGUAUGAAGUUGCACACCAACUGUUUGAUGAAUGUCAGACACAAAAAGAAGGGAAAGAAAAGAAUUCUUUGAUUGUUGCAGGUUAUGGUGGUUGGCUUCUAUACACUGCUGCAUCAGCUGGGAAUUUGGGUUUUGUACAAUACUUGUUAGGAAAAUACCCUUUGCUUGCUUUUGGAGAAGGUGAAUAUGGGUUGACUGAUAUACUGUAUGCUGCUGCUAAGAGUAAGAAUCCUGAGGUUUUUAGGGCUGUUUAUAGUUUUGCGGUUUCGCCGCGGUUUUUGGAUGGUGAAGGGGUGGUGGAGGAGCAAAGGAUUGAAGAUGUUCCUAUGGAAUUUAAGACUGAGGUGAAGAACAGAGCUGUUCAUGCUGCUGCUAGAGGUGGGAAUUUGGUUGUUUUGAUGGAGCUUCUUGCUGAUUGUACUGAUGUUUUGGGGUUUAGAGAUGUUAAUUGCUCAACUAUUUUGCAUUCUGCUGCUGGUAAAGGUCAAGUUGAGGUAGUUAAGCACUUGAUAGCAUCCUAUGACAUGAUCUCUGCCACUGAUGAUAAAGGCAAUACUUCUUUGCAUGUUGCUGCAUACAGAGGUCAGCUGUCUGUUCUCGAAGCUCUGAUUCAAGCAUUGCCUAAAUCUGCCUUUGUAGUCAACAAGGCUGGAGAAACGUUUCUUCAUGUGGCUGUUGCUGGUUUUCAAACUCCUGGUUUUCGCAGAUUGGAUCAACAGAUUGAACUUAUGAAGCAGUUAGUAAGUAGCAAACUUUUCAUCAUAGAAGAUGUUAUCAAUUCCAAGAAUAAUGAAGGGAGGACUGCCCUUCAUUUAGCCAUUAUCGGGAACAUUCACUCCGAUUUAGUACAAUUGUUAAUGAGUGCCCGCUACAUCAAUGUGAACAUCCGUGAUGAUCAUGGGAUGACCCCACUUGAUUAUCUUAAGCGACAACCAAAAUCUGCAUCAUCAGAAAUCUUGAUCAGACAGCUGAUAUCUGCUGGUGGUAUAUCCAGUUGCAAAGAUUAUGCCGUGAGAAAAGCAUUUGCUUCUCAUUUGAAGAUGCAAGGCAUUUGCAGCAGUCCUGGAACAUCCUUCAGAGUUUCUGAUAAUGAAAUAUUCCUAGGCACAGGAAUUGAUCAUGUAGUGCAUCCUAGCCUAGGCCAUUUAAGUAGAGAACGUUUUCAUUUUAACUCCUCAAGUGAGGCAAGUCAUUGUGGGUCACUUAGUGAGGAGGACCAUAGAACUCCGGACAUUAAGAAAUCAGGCCCUCUACACAAUGCAGCUAAGCGCCUUAAAACUAUGUUCCACUGGCCAUUGGUGAAAAGGAAAGAAACUGAGAGAUCCAAGAGAACAAGGGAGAAAGAUGAGAGUGUUUCUGAUAAAAGGAGGAGCACCUCAGAGGAAACACCAAUCUCGCUUAGAGAGAGAUAUUCCAAUGCUUCUUCCCUUUCUAGUAAUAAGAGAACACUUGCAGUGAGGAGUAACAUAUCCAGUCCUACCAACCGAAAGAGAUUGGCUUCAGGGGUUGUUCAUGAUGCCUUGCAGGACCAGCUUAUUGUGAACCUUUCAUCUCAACCUUCCUUUUCCAAGUCAUCACUUUCUUCUAAUAGUUCUCUAGAAAAGGGAAAAGAAAUUCAUGUGGAAGAUGAGAAUGCUAGACCCUCUCGCUUAAAGCAAACCAGUGCUGAUGUUGCCCCAAAUGUGACGAGGAAGCAAGGAUCCAUGAACAAGAGAUUUGUGAACCCAAUUUUGUGCUUUGGCGGAUCCCACUUAUCAGUUAAAAACUCAGUAGGUAAGCACUGUACUAAGCAACCCGUACUUUCGGUUGCUUAAGGUUGACUCACCAUAGAAAUGGAUCAGUAAUAGAUCGCCUUACAUAGCUGUAAGUCUUGUAACUUUGUGUUUAAUCACUACUUGUGAUUGUGUGACCUCUGACUGUCAUCCCUGAGUUUUAUGUGAUAGCUCUCUUGUAGAUGACUGUAGUCUGUAAGAUCACUUAUGAGAUGUGUUUGCCUCUAAACUAUCUCCUGUAAUAUAUUUGAGAUCCUAGCUUUGUGAUGCUAAUAUCUUAAUCAUGUAUAACCUCCCAUUAGUAAUGGUUUUCCCUGUAUAACUUUCGUAAUAAAAUUUUAUCGAUUUUGACUUA